AUAGGUCGAGGAUAUUUUCCAUUAACAUAUUUCCCAUACCCGUCAGUUGAGGUUUUGGGUACCCAUCGCACACCCCUGCUCACGAAACCGUAGGCAUCGCCGCCUCCCCAUACCUACGAAACUAGCAUCCCGCGGCGGCGAUGGCCACCGGCGACAACGACAAGCCCCCGUCGCUUGACGCAGACGUCGACAUGGCCGACCUAGCUUCCCUCGACGCCACGGCCGCUACAUCCGCCGCCGCGGGCGGCGCGCCUUCCACCCGCUUCCGUCCCAAGGCCAAGGGGAAGCCCAGGCCGAAGGCUGAGCCUCCCAGACCCGUACCAGUUGCCGUACCCAAGCCGGAGCCGGAGCCAGAGCCAGAGGCGGUUCCGAUGCCGGAGCCCGAUGCCAACCCCGCGCCGCCACCGGAGGACACGAUGGAGGUCGACGGGGCGGUGGACGCUCCUGGACAUGGGGAGGGGGCGGUGGAGGAGGACUUCGUGUUGCGCGAGAUCGAUGUGUACUUCAACCCCAAGCCCUUCGAAGACGACACCCAGCUGUACAUUAUGCAGUACCCCCUGAGGCCAUGUUGGCGCCCAUAUGAGUUACAUGAGAUAUGUGAAGAGGUUCGUGUGAAGCCAUUGAGUUCAGAAGUUGAAGUUGAUUUGAGUAUCAAUACACAGAGUGAAAAUUAUGACCAAGAGGCACCUUUGAGGCUGACAAAACAGACACUAUCGUCAUCCAAGGCAGUUGAUGUUACUAAUUACGCGGUUGGAGUUCUUAAUGGCAACUUGGUCCAUUUGAAUCAUAUUGAUGCAGUGGUGCAAAUGCGACCAUCAAUGUCACAUAUUAUUUCUGGCCGAGCACAUACUAGGCAGGCUUCACAACCCCGGGAAAUGAAUGGGGGAGCUAGUACCUCGAUGGAUUCAUCUCAUAAGGGAAAUGAGCGCCCUGAAGAUUCCAAGGACCGAGCAGAAGAUUCUGAGCCAUGGAUUUCUCUCAUCUACCAACCAGCAGGAAGCAAUACUGCAACUAAGUACCAUGAUAAGAUGAUAGCAAAUGAGGGUGUGCCUAUUGAUUUCACAAUGAGCUCCUCUUGUUAUUUGACGUCCUUGUGUCCUGGGGCCUCUACUAGCAGAAAGCGUAUCAACAAAUUCCAAGCAAUAAGGGAGAUGCUUUUGCUACCACUGGAAGAACGCCUCAAGAAAUGGUUUACUGAGGUUUCAGGAGUAAAUCGAUUUGAUGCUCUGAAGGACCUUGCUCCAACCUGUUCAGAGGUUGAAAUUUUGAAAAUGCUUCCAGAGUGUGCAUAUUUGGUGCGUGGAUUGUGGGUCUGCAAAAGUUCUUUGUUGUUUGAUGGUGUAUAUUCUGGUCCCAUGGAUAGAAUUCUUCUUGAGUUUACAAAAAGGGAUCCCGUCCCAUCAAAUAUUCUGGAACCAUUUAUCAAUCUGAUUGGCAAUCGUGCUAUGAGAGACUGGAUACUGUCUCCAUUGUGUAAAAGACGUCAAAUUCUGAAGGACCAUAAAUUUAUAUCGGCAGAUUUGUCUUUCAUAAAACGCUAUCCGCAUAUAGUCAAUGAACAAGAGUGUGCUUGGUCUGCUCGGGAGACCACUCUCCGUGAGUCCCUAGAAAUGAGCACUACUUUGGCAAAGAAGACCAUGAAUUCAACCAGACCUAAUGUUGCUUCUAAAGGGCCUCAUUCAAAUAUGAGCAAGGGCAGGGAUGGCCCAUCUCAAGGAAGUGAUGACCUUGCGCGAUCUGUUUUGGGCACUGUUUUCACUGCCAAUAAAGUUCGCAGCAUGCAGGCAGUUGUUAGAGACUUGCGCCAGUUGGCUGCAAAAUAUGCUUCCAAUAGAAAGGAUGGAUCCAAACUGCAAGCUCUGUGCAAUGCUGCAAAAAAUUGUGCAUCGCUGCCUCAUGAUGAGCUGAAUCGAAAAAUACAUCUAGUUGCUGUUCCUGUUCAUAGUGUUUUUGUUGCAAAGCAUGAGGAUAAGCGAGCUCUACGAAACAUAUUUAUUUUGCUCUUCCGUCACAAAGAACCCAAUGGAACAUUGACUAAGCAGGAAGUUGUUGCUGCUGCUGCGAAACAUAUAAAAAGAGAGAUUACUGACAGAGAGUACCAUCAGGUUGUGACGGAGAUCUGCAUUUCUACAGAAGAUGGGCACUUGCUGUUGAAAAAUGGUGAUGAGCCCUGAGUUCGCUAUGAUAUGCCCUGUGAAGGUCCACCAAGGUGGAAUCGUCUCUGAUGCGUAGAAUAGGGUCAUUCGGAGUUUGGGAUUUGGCCGGUGAGAAUGAGUAUUGAUCAGGCAGUUCAAGAUAGCUACAGCAAACUGUUCUAGGUGGCUUUGUCAGCCAUUUUUGGCUCAGCAGUUUUUGCUGGGUGCUAAUUGAGCGGUGUUUUUCGGUUAGUCGUCUUUAUUUGUGUCCAUUGAAUCCUUGCUGGUCUAGCUUGGCGUAAUUCAGUUAGGGAUGUUAUUUUGUCUUUUAAGUGCUGAUAUUGUCUGCCUUAAGUAAAGUAAAGUGGAAACCAUGAACCAAUUCCUCUUUUCUUCUGUCUUUGGUUUAGAGUUCGAUAAA